AUGGCGACCACUGGUGUAGAUUCAGAAAUUACUAAAAGCGAUAAAUAUUCGAUAUUAUUACCCACAUACAAUGAAAGAGAAAAUCUUCCUAUAAUCAUAUGGCUUAUAAUCAAAUACCUAGAUGGAAGUGGAAUAGAUUUUGAAGUGAUAAUAAUUGAUGAUGGAAGCCCCGAUGGAACAUUAGAGGUUGCUAAGCAAUUGCAAAAUUUAUACGGCUCUAAUAAAAUCGUGCUACGACCUCGCGAGAAGAAAUUAGGACUUGGCACUGCUUACAUUCAUGGCAUUAAACAUGCGACCGGCAACUUUAUUAUUAUUAUGGAUGCUGACCUAAGUCACCACCCUAAAUUCAUUCCAGAGUUCAUAGAGCUCCAGAAAGAAAAUGACUAUGAUAUAGUUACUGGCACACGCUAUAUCAAUGGAGGAGGGGUUUAUGGUUGGGAUUUUAAGCGAAAAUUAAUAUCUAGAGGUGCCAACUUUUUAACACAAAUGUUACUAAGACCUGGUGUGUCAGAUUUGACAGGGUCAUUUAGGUUGUACAAAAAAGAUGUUCUACUGAAACUUGUAGAAAGUUGUGUGUCAAAGGGAUAUGUGUUUCAAAUGGAAAUGAUAAUCAGAGCCCGACAGUUAAACUACACUAUAGGUGAGGUGCCCAUCACAUUUGUGGAUCGAGUGUAUGGGGAAUCUAAGCUUGGUGGUACUGAGAUUAUUCAAUUCGCUAAGGCUCUCUUAUAUUUAUUUGCUACCACAUAA